GGCUUUUCUCACCCAACAGGUUAAAUACUGCAGUGCUCUUAGAUUGUCUGAAGCAAUUUCUGACCUAAGAUAUUUUAGAGGAAAACUUUUUGAAUGUUACUUCAAAGUUGCAAAACAAUCCUGAAACAAGAAGCAAGAAGAAUAUUUAAAUGUGAUAUAAUUAUUAUAUCCCUUUAUCCAUUACCCAUUUCUUUACUUACAUCUUGCACCAAAUAUUGGGUAAUCAAGUGGGUAGGAAGAAAGAAGUGAUUUCCAUAGCCAUUGCUCUUUGCAAUGGGAGUGCUAAGGCUCAAGCACAUCUUCUUUGGGAGCUUCCUUGGGUUCAACGGAGCAUCCCAAGCAGUGUUCACCUUUUUUCUGAUUCCAUGUUGCCUGGCUCUGAAUUUCCGAGCACCUCCUCUUGUUCCAAAUGUUCCUUUCAUCUUGGCCUGGAAUGCCCCAACUGAACUUUGUGCUAACAAGUUUAAUGUGCUGCUAGACCUGAGCCUCUUCCCUUUAGUAGGAAGCCCUCAAAAAGAUGUCACAAGGCAAGAUAUUACAUUAUUUUACGCUGAUAGACUUGGCUAUUAUCCUCAUAUAAAUGAAGUGACAGGUGCAAGUGAGAAUGGAGGAAUCCCCCAGAUGGGAUCCUUAAAAUCGCAUUUGGACACAGCUGCCAAUGACAUUUCUCAGACUGUGCCCAGAGACCAUGUGGGCUUGGCUGUCAUUGACUGGGAAAACUGGAGGCCUACCUGGGAAAGAAACUGGAAACCUAAAGAUGUUUACAAGAAUCUGUCUAUUGAACUGGUUCAGCAACACAAUAUACAACUUAGUGUCUCAGAGGCCACCAAGGUAGCCAAAGUAGAAUUUGAAAAGGCAGCAAAGAGUUUUAUGCAAGAGACUUUAAAAUUAGGAAAGUCACUUCGGGCAAAUUACUUAUGGGGUUAUUAUCUUUUUCCUGAUUGUUACAACCAUGAUUAUAGUAAACCCAGAUACAAUGGAAGUUGCCUUGAUAUAGAAAAGAGAAGAAAUGAUGAGCUUCAUUGGUUGUGGAAGGAAAGCUCUGCCCUUUUUCCAUCCAUUUAUUUGAAUAGUCACCUAGCGUCUUCUCCAAAAGCUGUACUCUUUGCCCGUAAUCGUGUUCAAGAAGCCAUUCGUGUCUCUAAACUACCCAAUGCUGAAAGUCCAAUUCCAGUUUUUGUAUAUACCCGCCCAGUUCUUACUGAUGCAUCUUCAAGAUACCUUUCUCAGGAUGACCUUGUGAGUACAAUUGGUGAAAGUGUUGCAUUGGGUGUCUCUGGAUCUGUCAUUUGGGGAAGCUUCAAUUUAACCUACAGUAGGCAAUCUUGCGUGAACCUAGACAAUUACAUGAAGACUACCCUGAAUCCUUACCUAAUCAACGUCACCUUAGCAGCCAAAAUGUGUAGCCAAGUGCUCUGUCAGGAACAAGGAGUGUGUGUAAGGAAAGACUGGAAUUCAAAUGACUAUCUUCACCUGAACCCAGUGAACUUUGCAAUAAAAACUUGGAAAGGUGGAAAGUACACCGUACAUGGGAAGCCCACACUUAAAGACCUGCAGCAAUUUUCUGAAAAAUUUUAUUGCAGCUCUUAUACAGGCUCCAGUUCUAUGAAGAUGGUUGAUAUAAAACACAUCAAUGCUAUUCAUGUGUGUGUUGCUGAAGACGUUUGUAUAGAAGCCUUUCUAGACUCAGAAGAACCCUGUGGUCGUCUUUCCACCUCAACCGAGGAACAUUCUCUCCCUUCCUACAACAUCUCAUUGCCCACAUCAUCUGCCACAGAGUCUCCAUGUGCUCCUCGGGCAGAUUUCAGUGGGUAUCUCGAAGGCGCUUCUUCAGCUAAAACCAUUUCUAACAAUGCCCAUGAGGGCUUUCAGUAUGCUAACUGGAAAAACACUGUCAUGAUUUAUAUCAUUCAAGUACAACUUCAGGUCUUAUUAAAUUUCCUAUCUAUGGACUUUAUAUUUUGAUACACUUAAAAUAUUUAUAUUUAAUAAUUUAGUUUUUUAGUCAAGUGAUAAUAAUUAAUGUUCUUGAAGUUUUAUAUUUGAAAUGUGAAUCAAAACCCAUAGUCAAAAUGGUAUUUUGACUUUCUUGUGAUCAAUUUGAACUUGCAAUUACUGACCAAUAAACAAAGAAACUUAAUGAGUAUCUUUAAUUUUCAUAGUCAUCAUCAGGAGAUUGUUACCAUUAAAUCCAUUAUUGCUGUAUUUUGCUUUGUAAACUCAAAGUAGAAUUUUGAUUAUAAUAUAGCAGAGAAUUUGUUUUGUAAGAUGAUAUUUAAUUUUGUAUUUUCUAUGCUGUGAAUGUAUAUAUAGAACUGUGAGUGCCCUGAUGUAAUCUUGGUUCUAUGAAAGACUGAUUGCAAGGCCAAUGACACUUGUGGGCCUAGCUUUCUUUUGCUAAAAAUAAAGAUUUGAAAACACCAAA